ACAACUGAACGGCAUUGAUUGCGUGUCGAGCGGCACGAGUGUGCAGAGAACGAGUGAGUGAGUGAUGCGUAUUGCAGUGAGUGCACUAGUGCUGGCAGCCGUUGCGCUGCUGGCCACGGUUAGUGGUAAGUCGGCAACGGCUGGCCGACAGCACGACCACAGCGCCGAGCUGGACUGGUGGGAGUCGGGCGUGUUUUACCAGAUCUAUCCGCGAUCGUUCAAGGACAGCAAUGGGGACGGUGUGGGCGAUCUUACCGGCAUUACGGAAAAGCUGGAACAUUUGGCCGAUCUUGGUGUGACUGGGGUGUGGCUGAGUCCGGUGUUUAAAUCACCGAUGGCGGACUUUGGGUACGAUAUUUCGGACUUCCGCGAUGUGGAUCCAAUCUUUGGCACUAUGGCCGAUUUGGACCGUAUGGUGCAGAAGGCAAAGACGCUCGGUAUUAAGGUGAUUCUGGACUUUGUGCCGAACCAUACGAGCGACGAGCACGAGUGGUUUGUGAAGUCGCUGAACAACGAGGGAGACUACCGGGAUUACUAUGUGUGGCGCAACGGUGUGAACGGUGGAACGCCCAACAAUUGGCAAUCCGUGUUCCAUACGCCUGCCUGGACGCAACCCGCCGGACAAACGCAGUACUAUCUGCACCAGUUCGACAAGAAGCAGCCGGAUCUGAACUACCGCAACCCGAAGGUGAAGCAGGAGAUGGCGGACAUGGUUCGCUUCUGGCUGGACAAGGGCAUCGACGGGUUCCGCAUCGAUGCGAUCAACCACGUGUACGAGGAUCCCCAGUUCCGCGACGAGGAGCUGAUCGAUCCGAAGGGUGAGCUGAUCUGGGAAAACCUCGACCACAAGUACACGCAGAACCUGCCCGAGUGCUACGAUCUCAUCUACGACUGGCGCGAUGUGUUCGACCAGUACAAGGCGGCAGACAAUGUGACGCGCCUGAUGAUGACGGAAGCGUACGCAAACCUCGAACAGACGAUGCUCUGGUACGGCAAUGCGAACCGCAAGGGCGCUCACAUGCCGUUCAACUUCGCGAUGAUCAACCGGCUGUCGAAGGAUUCGCGCGCCAACGACUUUAAGGUGGUGAUUGACGAGUGGCUGAACGCGAUGCCGGCCGGCGCCCGGGCGAACUGGGUGCUGGGCAAUCACGAUCGUCCGCGCAUUGCCUCGCGGUACGGGCGCGAUCUUGCCUCGAGCCUGGCCGUGCUGGAGAUGACACUGCCCGGCAUUGCGGUCGUGUACUAUGGUGAGGAGAUCGGUAUGGAGGACAACCGGGACAUUACGUUCGAGGAGACGCAGGACCCGCAGGCCGCCAACACGAACCCGGACGUGUAUCAGCAGUUUACGCGCGACCCCGUCCGCACACCGUUCCAGUGGGAUGCGACGGCUUACGCUGGGUUUACCGUAGCUAGCGCCCAGAAGACGUGGCUGCCGGUACAUCCGAACUAUCGGGAGGUGAAUCUGGCCGCUCAGAAGGCGGCGAGCAACAGUAUGUUCAAGCUGUACCAGCGGCUGAUCAAGCUGCGCAAGGAGCACACGUUCAUGCACGGUGAUUUCGAGUCGAAGGUGCUGCUGAACAAUGUGUUUGGCUAUACGCGCACGCUCGAGGGCGAGCAGUCGUAUGCGGUCGUGGUCAAUCUGAACGAUAACGAUGUGAAUGUGAACCUGCAGGAGCUGCACGAGGACAUUGACACGGCCCGGGUGGCGCUUACGUCGCUCGACGCUCGCAUGAAGGAGGGCGACGAGGUGACGGAGGUGUUCCAUGUCGUGCUUGGUCGGUACGAUGCGGUCGUGUUCGAGAUCGCGUCGUCGGCCAGUGCGCUCGGUGCGUCGAUGGUGAUGCUGCUGGUGGCAGCGGUGCUGCGAUCGCUCUUCUAAGUCAUUUUUCCUUUAUUUUUGUUCUCUUCUGAACCAAAACCUCGUAGUGUAAUGUAAUUUAUUCGAUAAAGAAACGAAUGUGUCGAUGAAAAACUA